GAGCAGUGAUGAAUGCCCAGGGGUCAUGGCAGUAUGGAGAGUCUAGUUGUGUACAUUUUGUUUCAACAGUUAUGAGGGAAAGGAGAAGUUGUCAUUAUGUGUUUUUUUUGUUUUUAAGCCCCGCCGUUGCCUUGUGCUUGUGUGUGUUCACAGCAGAGAGGACGAAGAUUAUUCUGUCUUUCUGACAACUAUAAAGCAGUUCUGCUUUCUGUAAAAGGGAAGAAACUAUCUCAGUAAUGGAAAGUGCCAAGGUGGGAACCCCCUCUUCUCCAGUCUCGCAGAGCCCCUCUCCUGGAAAACCUGGGUCCCCGGUUCUCCCCCCGGCCCCCUCUCCUCCUGCCCCGAGCGCGGAGCCCAGCGGGACCCCCGUUCAGGCUGGAGCCCUGAAGGAGCGCAGGACCUCCGCAGAGCUGCGACGAAGCACAGAGGCCCCCCGCUCUCUCUCCAGUCCGGAGCUGCUGUCCGAGUUGAAGACUGGGAAGCAGCUGAGGCGCAUUCCCAGGAGCAGCGGGAUGACCACCGUGUUCUCCGGACGAGGCAGAGCGGGCCAUCGCCUGAACUCUGAGUAACUCUGAUUGGCCGGCACGGCCAGCCAAUAGGAACGCUGCUCCACGCUGCCAUACCGCCAGUCAGCGACAGCGGCGACCCCUCUGUGAACUGUGACCUCCCGUUUUUUUUUUGGGGGGGGAUGCGAGAGGCCAACCGCAGCCCGUGCCAACUACAGUGACGCCACACUACCUCGUAAACCCUGCCCGCAGCCUGAUCCACGUGUGCUGUGAGUUACUGUGCUGGGCUGGACCCUGGGGCGGGCAGGAGUGACUUUACAGCUGCCCGCAGUCUCCUGGAAAUGAACAGCCAACUGCCGUGCUGGGACCAGAAUCGCUCCGUUUAACUGAGGAAGCGCACUUCAAAACGAUAAAGCUAGGGAGACAGAGAUGGGAAUCAGACUCCAGUUGCACAGCUGUGUGGUCCGUUCCAGGUUUUACUACCAGCUUGAUCAGCCCCCAGUGUGUAGAGGCUACAGGCCUAGGUGGUGUCUUGUUAUUGAACUCCUGGUGAAAGACCAGGAAUGGAUCAAACGCUAUGCGACGGGAGUCUUGUUAACAUCCUUGAGAAAAAAAUGAUGCUGUUAGAAACUGGACAAACAGGAUCUGGAAAAGAACGUCUCUCUCUCUCUCUCUCUCUCUCUCUCUCUCUCUCUCUCUCUCUCUUGUUUAAUCGUUCAGAGGUGCCUGUCUGUUUUUAGGAUCUAGCGUCCAAUAGCCUUAUUUUAAUUCUUUAUGCAAUGUGAAUCUGGGGGGGUCCCUCAAGUGACUGAUUGGAGAGAAUUAUGAACAGGAUUAAUACGCACAGUACUGACACAGUGAGGGCAGGACUGAACAUUUUCAGAGAGGUGAUCAUUAAAACAGCCUAAACCUUUGAAACUAUUGUCAAAAGUGUGUGUGCGUCUGUUUCUCUGUGUGUGUGUCAGUCUGUCUCUUGCUCUCUGUGUCUCUGUCAGUGUGUCUCUUGCUCGCUCUCUCUCGCUCUGUGUUUGUACAGUGUAAGCUAAUUAAGUUCGCAAGAAUGAAGAAGAAAAAAUUGGAAAGAAAAUUAAAAAAAGAAUAACA